GAUGCCUUGUCGGCAUUUUCAUGUGGAGGUGGCAGUAUCCUCACACGACCUGCUUGGAGAGAAGUCCAUAUUGAGGAGGAGGAGGGGAGGAUCAGGAACAACAAUGGGACGGAUGGCUGGAUUGGAACCAAUUCCAAAUCAAAAAAGAUUCUGAGCUGUUACAAGCGAGGAGAAGGGAGUUGGCAUAGCACGAACGAGUUGACGAACCCUGCUAAGCUUGUCUAG